AUGCCGCCCAAAAAGAAGUCCGACACCCGUGGAGGCGCGCCCAAGCCUGGGACGAAGCAGGCGAAAGCCGCGGCCGAGCGAACGGCGGAGAGUGCGAAAAAGGCACCGCAACCAGCGGAUGAGCAGAAAAAGCCUACGGUCAAGCAGGUCAUUGGCGGCGCAUCAUGGACUGGGAAAUUGCCAGUAAAUUUGAUGUCGGAGCAUUGCCAGAAGCACAAGUGGGAAAAGCCAGAGUAUACUAUGAACAAAAUUGGAGGAGGAUUUAUCUCAUCUGUGAUACUAAGACGUGUUGAUCUAAAGACUAGAGAAACGCUCACGCUUCCUCCCAUACGAUUGCCCGCCGGCUUCAAACAAUCAACGGCGCUAGAAGCGCGCCACUACGCUGCGACCUUCGCCCUAUUCCAUGUAUGCAAUAAGACAAACCUCCAUAUGAUGCUCCCGCCAGACUACAAAAAGCUUUGGAAAGAGGACUUUGAGAAGUUGAAGGCAGCAGAGGUGAAGAGCGGUGAUGGCUGGUUGUACGAGGCGGACCCAUUCCUAGCCAAAAAGGAGCGGGAGAUCGCAGCCGCGGAGCUUGCAAAGAAACAUCAGGAACGCGAGGCAUCACAGGCCAAAUCAACCGAUAGCACAGUGAAUCUAGGCCUCGGCCCAAGCGGUCAAAAUAAAGGGACAAAAAUUUGGUCGAGCGCACCCAAGGUUGACCUGGGGAACAAAAUCCGGCGUGAGAUUGAAACUCUUGUGCAGGAGCAUACUAUGUGGAAUCCAUACAGUGUAGAGAUUCCCGGACCCGAGCGUGAGGCUCUGAUUGAAGAGUUCACGAAGUUAGGGUUUCGACGGAGUCACAUUGAAGAAGCUAGCGCUGCGUGUAAAGACCGGGAGGAGGUGUUGGAGUGGCUUCUUAUCUACGUGCCGGAAGAUGACUUGCCACCUUGGUGUCUGCCAGAGAAAUAUUCGGUCGGGAUCACACUUGUUAGCGACGACCUCGCAAGAGAGUCUAAACUCAAACGACUUGCAUCUGCUGGAUAUCCGGCAGAUCUUUGCGCGCGAACGCUGGACAAUAUGCAAGGCGAUGAGCUUGCUGCAGCAGAGACUCUUCAACAGACUCUUGUACACGGGACCGCAUCGGGCGCCUCUCUUCUGAUGGAUAGCGAGGACGGCUGGGCAGAAGAACAAGAGACGCUUGAAGCCAUUUUCGGUGAACGAUAUUCCGCCAAAUCGUCCAGUGUUUGCACGAUUGAGUGUGAACCACCAGGCGGUGCAGGGACAGUGUCCUUUCGAUUCCAAAGGCCUUCAGAGCAUUAUCCGUCAUCUGUUCCGAUAAUAUCUAUUCAAACAGAAAAUAUCCCUGCAUACAUCCGCCUAAGUGCUGUUCGUCAAGCUGUUAGGUAUGCAGAAGAGAAUUUCCUUGGGGAACAAAUGAUCUACAACAUCAUAGACUGGCUGGAAACCCAUUUACCAGAAAUCAUCCAAGAUCCAGGAAAACUACGGGAUAUUUCGACUAUAUCAGCACCACCCGUUACACCCUCUGAAUCUUCUUUUGAACUUCCUGCGCGCCAAAGGCUUAAACAUGUGAAAACGGUCGAUUGGUCUCCCGGGUCAUCGAAAAGCCUUGCUGUUAAAGAAGCUUGGGGGGCAAAGCAGACUACCAAACCUCAGCGGGCCAUGAUCCAACAGCGAGAAUCACUUCCAGCCUGGAACACUCAAAAUGCAAUAAUACGGACUGUGAAUGAACAUCAAGUCACAAUUAUCUCUGGAGAGACAGGUAGCGGAAAGAGUACGCAAUCAGUGCAGUUCAUCCUCGAUGACAUGAUCCAAAAAGGUCUCGGUGGCGCCGCAAACAUCAUCUGCACUCAGCCCCGUAGGAUCUCUGCACUAGGUCUGGCAGACCGAGUCAGCGACGAAAGAUGCUCGUCUGUGGGCGACGAGGUUGGUUAUAUUAUCAGGGGCGAGUCAAAGGCUAAAGCUGGUUCUACAAAAAUUACAUUUGUCACAACAGGUGUGUUGCUUCGUAGAAUACAGGCAGGCAGCGGCUCUGGCAACAUUUCGAGCUCACUCGCCGACGUCACUCAUGUUGUUGUGGAUGAAGUCCACGAACGCAGUCUUGAUACCGACUUUCUACUGGCCCUCCUAAGGGACAUUAUUCAUCGUCGCAAGGACAUCAAGGUGAUUCUGAUGAGUGCGACUCUCGAUGCAGACAUCUUUACACAAUACUUUGGCGGGCGUCAAUCUGUGGGAUUGGUCCAUAUACCAGGACGAACAUUCCCUGUGGAUGAUUAUUACCUGGAUGACGUUGUUCGUGAGACGGGAUUUGCUCCGGAGCUCACAGAGCGAGGCUUUGAUGAAGAUCCAGUCGCAUUUUCAGCGGCUGAAGAGUCGUUUGGAAAGAUACUCCGUUCCAUUGGAAUGGGUAUCAACUACGAAUUGAUUGCAGCUACCGUUCGGUAUAUUGACUCCAAGCUACAGGAUCAGCCAGGGGGCAUUCUGAUAUUUUUACCCGGAACAAUGGAGAUCGACAGAUGUCUGAAUGCCGUAAAAAGGAUCCCCAACGCACAUCCAUUACCUUUACAUGCGUCUCUUCUCCCAGCUGAACAGCGACGUGUAUUCCAGAGUCCUCCUAGAGGGAAGCGGAAGGUUAUCGCAGCCACCAAUGUCGCUGAAACAUCCAUUACGAUCGAAGAUGUCGUAGCCGUCAUCGAUACAGGACGUGUGAAAGAAACCAGCUAUGAUCCCAAAGAUAAUAUGGUUCGUCUACAGGAAGUGUGGGCGUCGCAAGCUGCCUGUAAGCAACGACGAGGAAGAGCUGGUCGUGUUAGGGCCGGUACCUGUUAUAAGCUCUACACUCGCAAAGCAGAAUCAAGCAUGCCUCAGCGGCCAGAUCCUGAAAUCCGCCGUGUGCCAUUGGAGCAGCUGUGCCUUUCUGUGCGUUCCAUGCAAGGAAUUGACGAUGUUGCCUCUUUCCUUGCAAACACCAUCACGCCACCGGAAAGCAUUGCGGUCGAGGGCGCCCUAAGCUUCCUACACAGAGUUGGGGCUUUAGAUCAUGACAGGCUUACAGCUCUCGGACGAUAUCUGUCUAUGAUUCCUGCAGAUCUCCGUUGUGCCAAAUUAAUGGUAUACGGAUCCAUAUUUAACUGCAUCGAUGCCUGCAUCACAAUCGCAGCUAUCCUAACAGUGAAAAGCCCAUUUGUCUCCCCUCGUGAGAAACGGGAUGAAGCAAACAUCGCCCGAGCUUCAUUUUCCAAAGGAGAUGGCGACCUCCUCACAGACUUAAACGCCUAUCAGGAAUGGUCAGACCGCGUCAAGGAACAAGGCUACUGGUCAACACAGUCAUGGUGCACAACCAAUUUCCUCUCUCACCAGACUCUGCGCGAUAUCUCAUCAAACAGGGCUCAGUUCCUUACCUCGCUCAAAGACGCUGCAAUCGUUCCCGUCGACUACUCUGAGACCUCUCCUUCCUUCUCAAGCCUCAACCGUAAUGCUACCAACCGCAGCCUUCUUCGCGCCCUCGUCGCUGGUGCGUUCCAGCCUCAAAUUGCGCGCAUCGCAUUUCCAGAUAAGAAAUUCACCAGCUCUAUCACCGGAACGUUUGAGGUUGACCCAGACGCCCGCACAAUAAAAUACUUCAACCAAGAAAACGGCCGCGUGUUUAUCCACCCAUCGUCCCUUCUGUUCUCAGUGCAAUCUUAUACAAACGCCGCCACGUUCUUAAGCUAUUUCACAAAAAUGGAGACGUCAAAGGUCUUCGUCCGUGACUUAACCCCGUUCAACGCAUAUUCUCUCCUCCUUUUCUGUGGCUCCAUUGACCUCGACACAACAGGCCGAGGUCUCAUCGUCGACGGAUGGCUACGCCUCCGCGGCUGGGCCCGAAUCGGUGUCCUGGUUUCGCGACUCCGCACGAUGGUCGAUGAAAUUAUUGCAACGAGGAUUGAUAACCCAACUUCCUAUUUGGACUCCUUCUCUUCGUCUUCGAAUGCACCAUCGGUGAAAGACGGGAUUGCAAAUCGGGUCAUCGAUGUAGUGAAAAAGCUGAUUGAAUUUAACGGCCUGGAUCGGUAG